AUGAGUGCGCACGACGUCAGCUAUCUCGAGGGCAAGGGUUCCCUCGGCAAAACGAUCAUGUCCUGGAUCUACACCGUCGAUCACAAAAAGAUCGGCGUGAUGUACCUCGUCGCCGUCCUGACGAUGUUCUUCUUCGGCGGCCUGUUCGCCGUGCUGCUCCGGCUCGAGCUCUUCGAGCCGGUCCGCACCGCCGUCGACGGGACCAUCACCGGCCAGUUCUUCAAGGCCGGCUGGACCGAGGGCGACCAGGUGGUCACGAGCAACAACUUCUACAACCGCCUGUUCUCCCUCCACGGGACGAUCAUGGUCUUCCUCUUCAUCAUCCCGUCCAUCCCCGCGGCUCUGGGCAACAUCUUCCUGCCCAUCAUGAUCGGCGCGAAGGACGUCGCCUUCCCCAAGCUCAACCUCUUCAGCUGGUACACCUACCUCUUCGGCGGCGCGUUCGCGCUGUGGUCGCUCCUCCAGGGCGGCGUCGAGACGGGCUGGACCUUCUACACGCCGUACUCCACGACCACGAACUGGGGCAACGUCACCGCCCUCGUCCUCGCGGCCUUCAUCCUCGGGUUCAGCUCGAUCUUCACGGGCAUGAACUUCAUCGCCACCGUCCACAAGCUCCGCGUCCCGGGCAUGGGCUGGUUCGACAUGCCACUGUUCGUCUGGGCCAUCUACGCCACGGCGAUCAUCCAGGUCCUCGCGACGCCGGUGCUCGGCAUCACGCUGCUCAUGAUCGUCUUCGAGCGCGUCUUCGAGAUCGGCAUCUUCGACCCCGCCCUGGGCGGCGACCCCGUGCUCUUCCAGCACUUCUUCUGCUCCAUCGCCAUCGCCGCGAUCAGCUUCCUGGUGUGGGGGCACCACAUGUUCACGGCGGAGACACCGAUGGCGAACGCCAUCUUCUCCGGCCUGACCUUCCUCGUCGCGAUCCCAACGGCCAUCAAGGUCUUCAACUGGGUGGCGACGAUGUACAAGGCCUCCAUCGCGAUCAACGCGCCGAUGCUCUACGCGAUCAGCUUCCUGUUCAACUUCACCAUCGGCGGCCUCACCGGCCCGCCACUCGCCACCCUCGCGACGGACAUCCACCUCCACGACACCUACUUCGUCGUCGCGCACUUCCACUACGUCAUGAUGGGCGGCACCGUCUUCGCCUUCGUCGGCGGGCUCCACCACUGGUGGCCCAA